AUGGGUAGGUGCAUGUAUACUUCGGUUGACUCCCUUAUUGUGGAUGGGGAUCAGUGGGCUGAGGACGUUGCAGACCCGAGUACUCAUAGUAGAUGGACAGAGAUCUCUACUACUAGAAUCCAUGGGAGGCUUUCUUCUGAUACGAUCAUGUGGUGUGCAAAUCUGAAGGGGGUUUUUCCGCUGAAAUUGGAGUGGGACUCCAUUAGAGCUCGUAGAGAUCCGGUUGCGUGGUAUAAGCUGGUGUGGUUCCCCUAUUCUCAGACCCGGUUCUCUUUUAUUGUUUGGCUUGCUAUAGUAGGUCGGUUCACCACCAAGAGCAGACUUGCGGCUUGGGGCUUGGCUACAGACACAACUUGUCCAUUGUGCAACACAGGCAAUGAGGAUUUGAACCACCUAUUCUUCAAGAGUCCUUUCUCUAACCAUAUUUGGCAGAGGGUUCUUCUUCUGAAUGGUUUUGCUCUUCCCGCCCUUCUGUCUUGGCCUAAUGUGGUGCAAUGGACCACUAAUCACUUCACUGGUGAUUCUCUCCUUAAUAAGGUUAGAAGAUUCAGUUUCAGCGUCAUGGUGUAUCGAAUUUGGAGUGAAAGGAACAGUAGAAUCUUCAAGCAGCAAGAGUCAUCUUUUGAGAAAGUUCUGUGCCAGAUAAUUGGGGACACUAGAGGCCGGUUUUCUGGUUCAGUUGCUGUCGCUCCUGAUAGCAGCGCCACUCGUGACUUCUUUCAUCGGUGGAGGAUCAAAGUGCAGUUCACUCUUCAGCGCCCUUCUUUUCAUUCCUGGUUGCGGCCUCCUUCCAAUUGCAUGGCCAUUAACUGUGAUGGCUCGGUGAUGGAUGGUCGUGGCGGUUAUGGUGCCAUGGCGUGUGAUCGCAUGGGAAGAGUCAUUUUUGCUAUUGCAGGUGGGUUCAGGGAUACCAACAUUAUGCGCAUGGAGUUGGAAGCUAUCCGAUGUGGUCUCCGUAGGGCCAACUCUCUUGGUUGUCCUCGGAUUCACGUUCAAUCGGACUCCCUAUGUGCCAUUCAAAUGAUUAAGGGUUCUUUCCAUACUCCUUGGCACUGCCUGGAGCUGUUAGAAGAUAUUUUGUGCCUUAAAGAGAAGUUCUCCUGUUGCACUUUUGCGCACGUUGCUAGAGAAGCAAACUUCUGUGCGGAUUUUCUGGCAAGCUUCUUGCAUUCGGACCAGGAGAUCCUUCUUAGUACCAAUUGCCUUCCUCCGGCUCUUGCCUGCCUUGUUGGGGAAGAUGCCAGAGGAAGAAGAUACCAAAGAUUGUAA